AUGAAAGAAAAGAGUUAUGCUGAUGAGCUGAAAGUUCUUAAAAAUUUCAGAGAAUCUCACAACGAAUGGUUCUUAAAAGAAGAGAAAAAGAAGAAAAGCAAGAAAGCAACUCCGAAAGUACAAACUGAAGAAGGUUCUUCAUCUCAACCUAAGAAACGUCGAAAGAAAACAGUUGAGACUUUGCUUGUCGAUGAAUCAGAUAAAGAAGAACCAGAAGCAGAAGCUGAAGCUGAAGCUGAAACUGAAACUGAAACUGAAGUGAAUGUUGAAGGAGAUGUUGGUUUAUCUCCUGAUUCUGCAAAUUUACUUAAGUCUCUUAAUGCUUUUAAUGCUGAGAAAGAAAAGGAAGCUGGUGAGAAAGAAGGUGACGAAGGUGAUAAAAGCUCAUCAAGUUCGUCUGAUGAAGAAAUUGACGAAACAGAGCGUGCAAAGAGAAUUCAAGCUGAGACUGCAAAAGAAAAGCAGCUGAAAAGAAAGAGGAGAGAGGAGAAAGAUGAUGUUUUGUAUGUUCCGUCGCCUAAGCAUGUGAUAGAAUCUCAGAUGCCUCCGUCUGGUGGUAGAAAGAAAGCAAGUGCUAGAAAGAGUAUUGCAUCUCCAUGA